AUUGAAUUAAUUUGAACAGUAACACCAGCUAUAACUUUAUUUUUUAUUGCAACACCAUCAUUACGAUUACUAUAUCUAAUAGAUGAAAUUAAUAAUCCAAUAAUAACAACAAAAGCAGUAGGGCACCAAUGAUAUUGAACAUACGAAUAUUCAGAUUUUAUCGAUAGAGAAUUUGAUUCAUACAUAACAAAUACAGAAAGUAAUAACAACUUACGAUUAUUAGAUGUAGAUAAUCGAAUAGUACUUCCUUCAAAUACAUUUAUCCGAAUAAUUGUAACAUCUACAGAUGUUAUUCAUUCUUGAACCCUUCCUUCAUCAGGGGUAAAAAUUGAUGGAACUCCUGGGCGUUUAAAUCAAGCAAGAAUAAUAUUAAAUCGAAAUGGUUUAUUAUUUGGUCAAUGUUCAGAAAUCUGUGGUACAAAUCACAGAUUUAUACCAAUUGUUGUUGAAAGCGUCCCUAUUAAUAUAUUUAUUAAAUGA